AUGUGGACCGUGGGCUGCCAGGGGGCCCCAGGAAGAGGGGUGGGCAAAAGACUUGUCACAGUCCUGCUUUUAGGGGUCCUUACAACCCUGAUAUUCUUUGAUGUCUCCUCAGAUACACUCAUGUACCCAUAUGGACCCAAGUUCGGAGACAGAAGAACCCCCAAGGCAGACGAUGGGGCGUCUCCUGAAAUCCCCAUCUCCGUGCGCUUCUCCUUCUACAACAGGAGUUACCGCUCUCUUUACGUGAACAAUAAUGGUGUGGUGUCGUUUGGCGUCCCUGUUAACCAAUUCACACCUGACUCUUUCCCGCUGACCGAUGGCCGGGCCUUUGUGGCACCAUUCUGGGCGGAUGUGGAUAACCGCAUCACGGGUGAGGUGUGUUUCCGGCAGAGCCGAGACCCGCAGCUCUUGCAGAGAGUCACGGCUGACAUCACCACCUACUUCCCCCACGAAGAGUUCACCGCGGCCUGGCUCUUUGUGGCCACCUGGGACCGCGUGACCUUCUAUGGCUCCAAAUCCUCCAAGGUGAACACCUUCCAGGUGGUUCUGACCACCGACGGCGACCUGUCCUUCAUCAUGCUGCACUACAGUGACAUCCAGUGGACAACAGGGGCGGCGAGUGGUGGGGACCCGCAUACUGGAUUGGGGGGCAUCCCAGCUCAGGCUGGAUUUAACAGCGGUGGGUCCAAAAAUUACUUCAACAUCCCCGGCUCACGGACCCCAAGCAUCCUGAAGAUCAGUUCAAUGAGCAACAUCAAGAGCCCGGGGCGCUGGGCCUUCCAGGUGGACAAUUUCGCUGUGCCCAACGGCUGUGUCUACAACGCCAACUUCCUGCCCCCCGGCACUUCCUUCUGGAGCGACCAGAAGUGCAAGCGCCGGUGCCAGUGCAUGUAUGGGGAGGACGGGGUGACAUGCCACACGAGGGGUUGCUCCCCGGAUGAGGCCUGCCACCCAGCCUCCUGGUACCACGUGUGUCAGCCCAUCAGCCGAGCAGCCUGCCAGGCACGGGGAGGGCGGCACUACAGUACCUUCGACGGGCGACUCUACCACUUCCAGGGGGCCUGCACCCACAUGCUCUCACAGCUGUGUGCGCCCGCGCUUCCCUCUGGCCUAGCACCAUUCCGGGUGGAGGCAGAGAGUGAGGAGCCAGGAGCGGCACAGGGGGCACCCUGGACCCGCCUUGUCCGGGUGACAGUCUAUGGGCAGGACAUUGCCAUGGCCAGGGGAGCCACUGGACACAUCACGGUGAAUGGGAUAAAGUCUCUCCUUCCCGUCACUCUUCUCAAUGGGAAGAUCCAAGCGCACCAGAAAGGCUUCUCUGUGCAAGUUGCUACUGAUUUUGGGGUGGAGAUUUCCUAUGAUGGGAUUCAACACGUGGAGGUCACCGUGCCCUCGACUUACCGUAACUUCACCUGCGGCCUGUGCGGGACACUGACUGGUGACCCCUCCGAUGACUUCCAGACUCCAGAUGGCACCUUAGUCACGUCAGCUGCUCUCUUUGCCACAAGCUGGCAGGUGAAGGGUGAGAGGCGCCAGUGUGCGGAGGACCGGGAGCUGCCUUCUUGUCCCACUGCUGAACAGGCUCAGUAUUCUGGCCACGACUACUGCGGCAUUAUGAAAAUGUCUUCAGGCCCCUUUGCAGCCUGCGCUCAGGCCCGAUCCCAGGCAGGCUUGGUGGAAAACUGUAUGUAUGACCUCUGCAUGUCCAGGGGGAAUCGGACUGUGCUGUGUGGGGUUCUCGGUGCUUACACCGAGAGCUGCCAGGCAGCCAACAUCUCUGUUGGGCAGUGGAGAACAGACCAGUUUUGUGGAAUCAUUUGUCCAGAGAACAGCCAUUAUGAACUCUGUGCCAGUGCCUGUCCUGCCAGCUGCAUGGACUCCACUGCCCCCCUGUACUGCACCCAGCCUUGCAGAGAGGGCUGUGUUUGCAACACAGGCUACAUUCUCAGCGGAGCAGUGUGUGUGUCCCUGAGACAGUGCGGCUGCACAUUGAAUGGUCAGUAUCACCAGCUGGGAGACGAGGUGAUCCUGACAGACACUUGCAGUAGGAAAUGCAGCUGCCGGCAGCCUGCCCAGCCCAUGCAGUGCCAGGAUCAUGCCUGUGGGGCUCUGGAGACAUGCAGUGUUGUGGAUGGGAUCCGAGGCUGUUACCCUGUGAAAUAUGGCACCUGCUGGGUGUUUGGUCAUCCCCACUACACCACAUUCGAUGGAGUCAUGUUUGAUUAUCAAGGAGCCUGCAAAUACACCCUGAGCAAAUACUGUGGCCCCCCUGGGAAACUCCCCGACUUCACCAUCAAAGUAGAGAAUGUGCACAGGGGCUCCAUUGUAGUAUCCUGGACGCACCUGGUGGAGCUCGAUGUCUACGGUGAGCGUAUUGCCAUAGCAGCAGGACAGUAUGGCCAGGUGCAGGUGAAUGGAUCCCUGGUCAAUCUUCCCCUGGUCCUUGCAUCAGGUAAACUCUAUGCCUAUUACAGCGGCUCAUCUGCUGUGAUUCAGACGGAUUUUGGCCUUUCUGUAUCCUAUGACUGGUCCUACUCUGUGUUGGUUUCUGUUUCUGAGGCCUAUUCUGGGUUCCUCUGUGGACUCGGUGGAGACUUCAAUGGGAACCGGAGCGAUGAUUUUCGAACCCCAAACGGUUCUGUGGUCCAUGAUGCCGUCACCUUUGGCAAUAGCUGGAAGGAUGCCGAUUCCCCUUUUCACUGCACGGCCGUUGGGCUCCCAGCCCAAUGUGACAAAGUAGAACUAGCCCAGUACAAAUCUCAGCGUUACUGCGGGGUCAUCACGGAUCCUACUGGGCCUUUUAAAGAGUGUAACCGGCCGGCUGAUGCUCAGGUUCACGUCGAGAGCUGCGUGCGGGAUGUGUGCGCGACUCAGGGCAGCCACAAGACCCUGUGUGAAGUGCUUCGCAGUUAUGCCCAGCAGUGCCAAAGUCGCGGCGUUGCCAUUGAGCCGUGGAGACAGCGGGCUGGGUGUGAGCUAAUUUGCCCCACCAACAGCCACUACGAGCUCUGUGGACCUUCCUGCCCGGCCUCUUGUGCCCACCCAGCUGUGCCCUCCCGCUGCCGGACUGCGUGUGAAGAAGGGUGCCAGUGUGACCCUGGCUUUGUGCUGAGUGGCACUGACUGUGUGCCUCGGGGGCAGUGCGGCUGCACCCACAAUGGCAGAUACCACCUGGCAGGGGAAAGCUUCUGGGAAGGAGAAAAUUGCCAGCGAUUGUGCAGAUGUGACGGCUCCUCCCACUCUGUCCAGUGCUCCCGCUCUGCCUGUGCCCCUGGGGAAUUCUGUGGCACUCGAAAGGGGGCUUAUGGGUGCCACAAGCGAACCAACGGCAUCUGCUGGGCUUCUGGGCUGCCGCAUUACACGACGUUGGAUGGGAAGCGAUACAAUUCCCAGGGCACCUGCAAAUAUAUCUUUGCUGAACUGUGUGGGGCAUCACAGUCCUUACCCUUCUUCAGAGUGGAAGUGAAGAACGGAAACCUGCCCCAUGUUCCUGUGGCUGUGACCUCGGAGGUGUUUGUCCUUGUGAACAGGACUGAGAUCCAUCUGCAGAGGGGGCACCACGGGACAGUCAAGAUUGAUGGGGUGACUCUGACUCUCCCGGUGCAUCUCCAGAGAAGAGGGAUCGUCGUUUAUCAGGAUGGGUUUCAUACCGUUGUACAAGCCGACUCUGGUCUGAGUGUGAGCUACGACCUGGCCCACAGCCUCUUUCUCAGCAUCCCCCCUGAGUACCGAGGCCAGACCUGUGGGCUGUGUGUGAACCUCAAUGGAGCGGCUGAGGAUGAUUUUGUGAUGCAGAACGUCUCCCAGGGGAAGGACACCUUCCACUUGGCUUUGGCCGGGAAGUCGGAGGAUGUCUCUGACUGUGACGACGGCUGCCCUGAUUCCUGCCCUUUGUGUGAAGAGGAAGAAAGUCUGGUGCAGUCCAAGUCCCGGUGCUGGGUGAUCCAGGACCCUGAUGGGCCGUUCUCCUCUUGCCACUCCCAGAUUGACCCAGGCCACUAUCUGUCUGAUUGCAUCUUUGACCUGUGUGUGUCAGGAGGGGAGAGCAGUGCCCUGUGCGAGUCCAUUCAGACAUACGCAACCGCCUGCCAGAGAGCGAAUGUCUCCAUCUCACCUUGGAGGAACGAGUCUUUCUGUGACCCUCGCUGCCCAGCAAACAGUCACUACAAGCUUUGUGAGCAUCCCUGUCGGGACCUGUGUGCAGGCUCCUUUCCUGAAAAUCACUGCAGCUCCCUGUGUUCUGAAGGGUGUUUCUGUAAUGAUGGGUACCUGCGGAGUGGGGAUAAGUGCGUCCUGCCAGGGCAUUGUGGCUGUGAGCAUGACGGGCGCUACUAUGGGGUUGGGGACUUUCUCUGGCUCGCUGAUUGCACCCAAAGGUGCAGCUGUGACUCCUCUGCUACUUUCCGGUGCGUCCCUGCCAGCUGUAACCCCGGCCAGCAGUGUGCGGUGAAGGACGGGAAGCUGGGCUGCCAGAGCCAGCUGAGCACCUGCACGGUGACAGGGGACCCUCACUACUUCACCUUCGAUGGGGCCAUGGCCCAUUUCCAGGGCACGUGCGCCUACGAGAUCUCACACACCUGCAACUCCUCCCUCGACUUCUCCUUCAGGGUGGUGGCCGCAAACAGGAAUUUCCGGAAUCCCCGGGUCUCCUUCAUUUACCGAGUGGAACUUUGGCUCAGAACUGGCCGUUUUAAUUCCCAUGUCGUUCUGGAGCGAGGCAAAGACGUUCUGGUUGAUAGUGUGAAGACUCCUUUACCAGCUCAGCUGGGACCCGUGGCCAGCAUCACCAGGGUGAAGAACAUGGUGACUCUAAAAGCAAAGGCCAACGUGGAGAUCCAGUUUAACGGCCGCCAUGCUUUAUUUGUCCGUGUGGGCCCGGAGUAUCGGGAGCAGCUGUGCGGGAUGUGUGGGAACUUCAAUGGGGAUCGCAGGGAUGAUAAAGUCCUGCCCAGUGGGGAGAAAGCCCAGGACGAUGCAGAGUUUGGGAAUGCCUGGACCUCUGACAUCAGCCCACCAAGGUGUAAAAAUGACACUGGCAACACAGAGGCAUGUACAAAACUGAAUGAGUUCCAGCAGCUGUGUGGGAUCCUAACGAACCGCUCCGGGCCUUUUUCUGAGUGUCACUGGCAUGAGAGCCCAGCCCCUUACUAUGAAUCCUGUGUCUACGAUCUCUGCCAGUAUGGCCUGGGCAAUCGCAUGCUGUGUGCAGCUGUCGAAUCCUACGAUGAGAUGUGCGCCUUUCACGGUGUCAAAGUAGCCAAGUGGAGGCAAGGGCUGGGCUGUGGUGCCACCUGCCCAGCCAACACCUAUUUUGACUUCUGUGGCCCUCCCUGCCCUGCCUCUUGCAUCAGCCUUAAUUCAUCCAGCCAGUGCCCCAAGCCCUGCGUGGCGGGAUGCUUCUGUCGGGAAGGGUAUGUUCUGGACGCGGGACGCUGUGUGCCCGUGAGCCGGUGCGGCUGCACGUUGAAUGGUCAGUAUCACCAGCUGGGAGAGGAGGUGAUCCUGACAGACACCUGCCGCAGGAAAUGCAGCUGCCGGCAGCCUGCCCAGCCCAUGCAGUGCCAGGAUCAUGCCUGUGGGGCUCUGGAGAUAUGUAAAGUGGUGGAGGGCGUCCGAGGCUGCUACCCUGUAAAAUUUGGGGCCUUAUGGGUGUUUGGUCACCCCCACUAUCACAUUUUCGAUGGACUUGCUUUUGACUCUAAAGGAACCUGCAAAUACACCCUGAGCAAGUACUGUGGCCCCCCGGGGAAGCUCCCUGACUUCACGGUCAAAGUGGAAAAUGAGCACAGGGACUCCAUCGCGGCGUCCUGGACGCGCCUGGUGGAGCUGGAUGUCUACAGGGAGCAUAUUGCUGUUGCAGUGGGACAGCACGGCCAAGUGCAGGUGAAUGGAUCCCUGGUCAAUCUUCCCCUUGUCCUAGCAUCAGGUAAACUCUAUGCCUAUUACAGCGGCUCAUCUGUCAUCAUCCAGACAGAAUUUGGCCUCUCUGUAUCUUAUGACUGGUCCCACUAUGUGACGAUUACUAUACCUGAGAUUUAUUCUGGGCUGGUCUGCGGGCUCGGAGGAAAUUUCAAUGGGAACCAAAGUGAUGAUUUCAGGAUGCCCAAUGGAUCUGUGGCUCCGGACCUUGUCUCCUUUGUGAAUAGCUGGAAGGAUGUCGAUUCCCCUUUCCAUUGCACAGCUGUUGGUCCACAAACUGAAUGCACCAAAGGAGCUAAAAACAAGUACAGCAUUCAGAGCAACUGUGGGAUCAUAACAGACGCGGAAGGACCUUUCAAACGUUGCAGCAACCUUACUAAUGCUCCGAUGUUCCUGGAGAGCUGUGUGCAUGAUCUCUGUGCCACCAACGGCAGCCACGAAACGCUCUGCAAUACGCUCCGGAGUUAUGCCGUGCAUUGCCAAAGUCACGGCAUCACCAUACAACCAUGGAGACCGCUGGCUGGGUGUGAGUUAACCUGCCCCCCCAACAGCCACUACGCGCUCUGUGGACCUUCCUGCCCGGCCUCUUGUGCCCACCCAGCUGUGCCCUCCCGCUGCCGGACUGCGUGUGCAGAAGGGUGCCAGUGUGACCCUGGCUUUGUGCUGAGUGGCACUGACUGUGUGCCUCGGGGGCAGUGCGGCUGCACCCACAAUGGCAGAUACCACCUGGCAGGGGAAAGCUUCUGGGAAGGAGAGAAUUGCCAGAGAUUGUGCAGAUGUGACGGCUCCUCCCACUCUGUCCAGUGCUCCCGCUCUGCCUGUGCCCCUGGGGAAUUCUGUGGAACUCGAAAGGGGGCUUAUGGGUGCCACAAGCGAACCAACGGCAUCUGCUGGGCUUCUGGGCUGCCCCAUUACACGACGUUUGAUGGGAAGCGAUACGAUUUCCAGGGCACCUGCAAAUAUGUCUUUGCUGAACUGUGUGGGGCAUCAAAGUCCUUACCCUUCUUCAGAGUGGAAGUGAAGAAUGAAAACCUGCCCCAUGUUCCUGUGGCUGUGACCUCGGAGGUGUUUGUCCUUGUGAACAGGACUGAGAUCCAUCUGCAGAGAGGGCAGCACGGGACAGUCAAGAUUGAUGGGGUCACUGCGACCCUCCCAGUGAGUGUCAAUGCAGGAGAAAUCGUCAUUUACCAGGCUGGGCUGUACACGGCAGUGAAAACAGAGUUUGGGCUGAGUGUGAGCUACGACCUGGCCCACAGCCUGUUUCUCAGCCUCCCCCCCGAGUACCGAGGCCAGACCUGUGGGCUGUGCGGGAACUUCAAUGGGGCGGCCGAGGAUGAUUUUGUGACGCGUAACGGCUCCCAGGGGAAGGACGCCUUCCACUUCGCUGCAGGCUGGAAGUCGGAGGAUGUCCCGGGUUGUGACGACGGCUGCUCUGAUUCCUGCCCUGGGUGUGAAGAGGAGGAAAGUCUGGUGCAGUCCAAGUCCCGGUGCUGGGUGAUCCAGGAUCCCAACGGGCCGUUCGCCUCUUGCCACUCCCAGAUUGACCCAGGCCCCUAUCUGUCUGAUUGCAUCUUUGCCCUGUGUGUGUCAGGAGGGGAGAGCAGUGCCCUGUGCGAGUCCAUUCAGACAUACGCAGCCGCCUGCCAGAGAGCGAAUGUCUCCAUCUCACCUUGGAGGAACGAAUCUUUCUGUGCCCUUUCGUGCCCCCCGCACAGUCACUAUGAGCUCUGCGAGACUCACUACCAGGACCUGUGCGCUGGAUCCUGGCUUCAGAAGUACAGCGGGCACACAUGCUCUGAAGGGUGUUUUUGUAAUGACGGGUACCUGUGGAGCGGGGAUGAGUGUGUCUUGCCAGAGCACUGCGGCUGUGAGCACAAUGGAUGCUACUACAAGGCUGGAGACCACGUCUGGUUCUCUGGUUGUACCCAGAGAUGUAGCUGUGACUCCCGAGACCAUUUCCGUUGCUUCCGAGCUAAGUGCUACCCAGGCCAGCAGUGUGCUGUGAAGAACAGCAAGCUGGGAUGCCAGAGUCUCUUGACGACAUGUGUUGUAACAGGGGAUCCUCACUACUUUACAUUUGAUGGGGCUGUGGCACAUUUCCAAGGCAUAUGUGACUAUGAGAUCUCCCACACCUGCAACUCCUCCUUGGACUUGUCCUUCCGCGUGGUGACAGCAAACAGGCAUUUCCGGAAUCCCCGGGUGUCUUUCGUUUACCGAGUGGAAAUCUGGCUCAGCACUGGCAAUUUUAAUGCUCACAUUGUCCUAGAGAGAGGCAAAGCUGUCCAUGUGAGUUGA